UGAUAUAAUACAGCGAGUAAACAAUAUGGCGCUAAUCUGAUUAAUAAAGACAGAAUACAUUUUAUAACAGGCAUUAAAAGAGCGUAAUUAUAUCUACUCACCGACCCUGUGGCACAUGGAAACUGAUGUAUUUGCAUGAAGGUUCAGUGACCCUGGACAACAUUCAGACAACCUGAAACCACUACAGACACACGAGAUGAGGUUUGACACCGUCAAUGACGAAAGAAGACAAACUAAGAAGAACAACCCUCAGAAAACGGACACAGACACAAAGCCAAACAAAUAAAAAUAAUUUGGUGAGAGACAACGCAGGUGAAAAGCACCUGAUAUUCAAGGAUUUGAAGAUGCAAGUCAAGAAGUACAAGAAAAGAGAAACAGAGAUGAUCUUCCUGGCCACUAUUGUGAUAUUGAUUUGUGUCAUUGCCAGUGGCACCAAGAACGUGUCUGAGAUGAAUUGUCAUCCAGUGAUCAGAGUGUCACGAAAAGCAGUGUUUCUAGCUCCUGUUAUGAGCGUGUUGAAGAUAAACUGUUCUAUAACUCUACGUGGAUGUCAAAGGAAACCAAGAGUCUCAUGGUGCAAACUUUAUGGAGAUGAGUGUAAAGCUUUAAAUUAUUCAAAUUACAUCAGAACUGAGUGGAAGAACAUCACAGAACAGGAAGGGAUGGCUUUCCUGGUUUUCCAGAACAUCUCAAUGGAGGAUACAGGUUUCUACAGAUGUAAAGAAGGUGACAUGUCUAUAAGCCAUGCUAUUAAUGUGACUGUGACAGCUGAUAAUACGAAUGAAGAGUUUUCACUCACUCCCAAUAACACAAUACCUACAACAGUACAUGAUCUAAAUACACCUCCAAACGAUGGUCUGCAGUGGUUUUGGUAUUUUGUAUCCAUCUGCAGUGGAAUAGUGGGGCUGUUCUUCAUGAUCAUAUCAUUUCUUUAUAUCUUUAGGCGCCGAGGGAGAAAGUCUACAAGAAAAUAUAUGGCAAAUAAAAAUCAGUACAUGGAAACACACAAAAAAGGCCUGCUUCUUCCUCCCCAUCUCAGUCUGAACUCAGACGUGCUGACUUCUGUUCAAUACCGUUUUUAAGAAACUAUGCUCUCACAGAAAAAAAGGCACAAAGCUGUCACUGGGGUGAUGCCCUAAGUUACAAAAGCUAAACUGUACUGUACUGUGUAGCUGUGCACUGAUGCAGAGCAGCAUCAGAAGAACAGAAUGCUAUUUAAUAUGCUUCUGAAUCAUCAGUCGAUGUGAAGAAAUCUUUUUUUUUUUCUGUCCGUUUGUUUGUUUGUUUUUUCAUCAUUCAGUUAUUAAUGUUCAGUGUAAAGAUGAAGUUACUGUAAUGCUUCAGAAAUCCGGUUAAUAUAUUGCAGUUCAGAUUACUUUAGAAGUAUUAAUAUGACCAACUGUGGAAAGCAUUACUCCAUAGUUGCUUCAGAAAUAUUGUGCCAUUGUUUUUGUGAAUUGCUGAUUAAUACAUUUUUAUAUAAUAAAUUCUUUAUAAAACAUCACAAAACACUAUUUAUA